GAGAGCCCGGCGAGGCCACGUGGGGGGGAUAGCGUGAGAGCCGACCUGGAGCUGAAGCGGCUGGGUGCGGUGUGCUCCGUCUGGAUCUGAGCCAAACCGGGGUCUAGGCGGAGCCCCGGGGCGGGGCCAGGACCCAGCGGGCGGUCUCCCAGACCGGCGGGGCCGAGCCAGGGGGCGGAGAUGGGGAGUCGGGCGAGUAGAGCUGAUCUGCGCUCGGGCAGACGAGGCUUAAAUCCGAGUACAGCCGUGGGCCCCGUUGUCUUCCUUCCUCCGCCGAGUCGGCAGCAGACCCGGGACCCGGGAGCGAACGCUGAAAGCAGCAUGGCCGAGCAAGUGGCCCUGAGCCGGACUCAAGUGUGUGGGAUUCUCCGGGAAGAACUGUACCAGGGCGAUGCCUUCCACCAGUCCGACACACAUAUAUUCAUCAUCAUGGGAGCCUCGGGUGACUUAGCAAAGAAGAAAAUCUACCCUACAAUUUGGUGGCUGUUCCGUGACGGGCUCCUUCCCGAAGAUACCUUCAUCGUGGGCUAUGCCCGCUCAAACCUCACUGUGGCUGACAUCCGGAAACAAAGCGAGCCCUAUUUUAAGGCCACUCCCGAAGAGAACCAGAGGCUGGAGGAGUUCUUCUCUCGAAAUUCCUACGUGGCGGGCCAGUACAAUGAGCCGGCCUCCUUCCAGCGUCUCAAUGCCCACAUGAACUCCCUGCAUCACGGGAAGCAGGCCAACCGCCUCUUCUACCUAGCCUUGCCGCCCACCGUCUACGAAGCCGUCACAAAGAACAUCAAAGAGAGUUGCAUGAGCCAGGAAGGCUGGAAUCGAAUCAUCGUGGAGAAGCCUUUCGGAAAGGACCUUCAGAGCUCUGACAAGCUCUCGAACCACAUCUCCUCGCUCUUCCACGAGGACCAGAUCUACCGGAUCGAUCAUUAUCUGGGCAAGGAGAUGGUACAGAACCUCAUGGUGCUAAGAUUCGGGAAUAGGAUCUUUGGACCCAUCUGGAACCGAGACAACAUCGCCUGUGUGAUCCUCACCUUUAAGGAGCCCUUUGGCACUCUUGGCCGCGGGGGCUAUUUUGACGAGUUUGGGAUCAUCCGAGACGUGAUGCAGAACCACCUCUUGCAGAUGCUUUGCCUGGUAGCCAUGGAAAAACCCGCCUCCACCAAUUCCGACGAUGUCCGCGAUGAAAAGGUGAAGGUCCUAAAGUGUAUCUCGGAAGUGAGAGCCACUGAUGUGGUCUUGGGCCAGUAUGUGGGGAAUCCAGAUGGAGAAGGAGAAGCUACUAAGGGCUAUCUAGACGACCCCACGGUUCCCCAGGGCUCCACCACUGCCACGUUUGCUGCCGUGGUCCUCUACGUGGAAAAUGAAAGAUGGGAUGGUGUCCCCUUUAUCCUCCGCUGUGGAAAAGCCCUGAAUGAGCGCAAAGCGGAAGUGCGGCUGCAGUUCCGGGAUGUGGCCGGUGACAUCUUCCAGCGCCAGUGUAAGCGGAAUGAGCUGGUGAUCAGAGUGCAGCCCAACGAGGCCGUCUACACCAAGAUGAUGACCAAGAAGCCGGGGAUGUUCUUCAACCCCGAGGAGUCCGAGCUGGACCUGACCUACGGCAACAGAUACAAAGAUGUGAAGCUGCCCGAUGCUUAUGAGCGCCUCAUCCUUGAUGUCUUCUGUGGGAGCCAGAUGCACUUUGUGCGCAGUGAUGAGCUUCGGGAAGCCUGGAGGAUCUUUACACCUCUGCUGCACCACAUUGAGAGGGAAAGCCCAGCCAUUGCCUUAUCUUGGAGUCUCCCAGCUUCCCGGCCUCCCGUUGUCAUCGUCUUGGCACAUCGGCCUUACUUCGGGACCGGGAGCCUGGCCCUGGGGGACAGGGAAGGCCCCAUCGAAAGAUUCCCUGGCCCCCUGUACUCCCAGCAGCCGGCACCUCCUCAGCCCUGUUUACAGCUGCUACCAGACAUGCUUCCACCUGCUUGGGCUCCCAGAGCCAGCCAGCUACAUUCCAAUAGCAGCCACUAG